AUGCACGAAGAGGAUUUCACAGCACACGAACAACCAGAAAAGCAAGAUGCUGAAGGCCUACCAUUCAGUCAGCAGGCAAUGGACUUGCAGCGCCUGCAAUACGCGCAUUUGACAUCGGUGGCGUCCGCGUCGUCAAUGUCACCGGCAACAACACCACCACUAUCACCGCCUCAACCGAUAAAACUAUUGAAUAAGCAGCAGCAACAGCAUCACCAGUCACCAACAACCAAAUCGAGCACAACAACAGCUCAGCCACAAAUUUCAGCGGCCGUAGUAACGGCAUACCAGCAGCAACAACAACUAUCACACAGACAGCACGUACACCACAUACAACAGCAGCAACAACAACAACCACGAGCCGAGCAAAUGAUUUCAGCGACCGAUGUCAGCACCUCAGCGGCCGCUGCCUAUAAAAGACAACAACAAAAGCUACGAAAACUACGCGAACUGCACUCGCUCGCCUUGGAGGGUGGCGACACGGCGCGCGGUUAUUGCUCCUGCGAUGAGCAGUGGACCUCAUCAUCGCCGCCCACUUCCGGCUCGCCGACACUCUCGUGCAACGAAGCACACGAAAAGACAUCCGACGGAAGUGAAAGCAACGAAACGACGGCAACAACAGCAUCAAUGAAUAGCGAACGGGUGACAGGAAGCGCGUACAAACAAAUGAAUGUGACAACAGGACACGGCCGGUUGGCUGACGGCGGUAAUGAAGCUGGUCACAGCCGGACAUGGCAACCGCCAAAACGCAACAACAACCACAGCAGUGUCGAUGGUGUUGGCAACAUUUGGUCGGGGACCCGUGCAAAUGAGGUCGCCAAGGCAGCGGCGGCCGUGGUGGCGGCAAAGGCAGCCGGCGCUGCUUCAGCAUCAACUGCGUCAACUACGGCAGCAGCGUCAAUGUCGGCGGGUGCCGUACGCCCUGUACCGGCAGUACGCCUCAAGCAACAGCAUCAUGUGCGCUUCUCGGACGAAAAGAAUUUCUCGGAUUAG